UGACCUGAGGAGACUUAGUAGAGAUGAGCACAGAAGCCAUGCUGGGUGUUUACUGGACUGCCAUCACCGUUGUCUGCUUCAGCGUAGCUGGUGUCUCUGGAUCCAAGAUCAUUGAUGGAUUUGAAGCCGUCCCCCACAGCCGACCCUACAUGGCCCAACUAAAGAUUACUAAGGGAAACCAGUUAUACAAUUGCGGAGCGUUCCUCAUUCGCCGGAAUGUCCUGCUGACAGCUGCCCAUUGCCAUGGAGAGAACAUCAUGGCACAACUGGGUGGUCACAACCGUGACAGGAAUGAAGCUUCCAGGCAAGAAAUAGCUGUGAAGAAGAUGAUCCCCCAUGAAAACUAUGAUCGUCAGAAUGCCAAAAAUGAUAUCAUGUUGCUGCAGCUGGAACGGAAUGUCAGGUUUACGCCAGAGGUGAAGCCCAUCAGUAUUUCAUCAAAUUGUGGAAACCUCUGGCCUGGAAUGCACUGCUCUGUGGCAGGAUGGGGUCGUACUUUCACUGGUGGAACAGGCAGUAAUGUGCUCAGAGAGGCGGAGGUGACCAUCCUGGAUAUCUGCCAGUCUGAACAACUGUUUAACCUGACGGGGAGAGUAAUCUGUGCAAGGGGCUCUGGAAUCAAGGGGGCUUGUAAUGGAGAUUCAGGAGGCCCGCUUGUCUGUAGAAACAGAUGGAAUGAUCGUGUAGCUGUGGGCAUCGUGUCUUUUCGGAAUACUAACCAAUGUGAAGAUCCUGCCCGUGAGGAUGUCUACACUAAUGUGUGCAUGUACUGGAGAUGGAUUAACAGGAAAUUCAAAACUAUUGCUGCUGAGUGAUCUGAAGAUGAGCUAUUUAGGGACAAUAUGUCCUCAUCUGUCACCCUGCAAGCACUGAAGAGAGAAAGAGAAGGAGAAAGAAAGAGCGCACUAUGGGCUAAAGGUGGUGCUCUCUAGCAGCAGAGGGCACUAACAGUCCUAAUCGCUUUCUAGCUUCAAUAAAGUUAGUUGUCUAACAA